CAGCCGGCGGCGGCGGCGCUGACGACGGUGGCGGCGGGGGCGGCAAGAACGAUAAGAAGAACAAGCGCCAGCGCCGCCAGCGCACGCACUUCACGUCGCAGCAGCUGCAGGAGCUGGAGGCGACGUUCGCGCGCAACCGCUACCCCGACAUGAGCACGCGCGAGGAGAUCGCCAUGUGGACCAACCUGACCGAGGCGCGCGUCCGGGUGUGGUUCAAGAACCGGCGUGCCAAAUGGCGCAAACGGGAGCGCAACGCGAUGAACGCGGCGGCGGCAGCGGCGGCCGACUUCAAGAACGGCUUCGGCACGCAGUUCAACGGGCUGAUGCAGCCGUUCGCCGACACCGACUCGCUGUACUCGUCCUACUCGUCGUACAACAACUGGGCGUCGAAGGUGCCGAGCCCGCUGGGCACCAAGAGCUUCCCCUGGUCGGUGAACCCGCUGGUGCCGGCCAACCACCACCAGAGCCCGGUGAACUGCUUCAACGCGGCGGCGGCGGCCGCCAGCUCGGUGUCGGUGUCGAGCGCGGCCGUGUCGGGCUCCAUGCUGCCCGGCUCCAGCCUGGGCGGCGUGGGCGGCCCGGGCCAGCCGGCCGCCUGCCCGUACGCGCCGCCCACGGCGCCCUACUCCAUGUACCACCGCAGCGCGCCCGAGCCCUGCUCCGCCAUGUCCUCCAGCAUCGCCUCGCUGCGCCUCAAGGCCAAGCAGCACUCGUCCAGCUUCGUCACGUCGUACGGCGCCGUCAGCCCAGUGCCCAGGGCCAACUCGGCGGCGGGCGCGGCAGGGCUGUCCGCCUGCCAGUACGCCAGCGACCGCGCCGCCGUCUGA